AAAUCUAUUCAGUAUAUUGCGCGGUAUAUUCCUGGUAAAUAAUUCCCUGUCCGCCGAUUUCCGGGUUUUUCCUUGAUUCCCCCGGAUUGGAUUGGCUUUGGGCGGCCGGCGAUGGAUUACCAGUACUUCGAGGAGGAAUCGGACUACAUUGAUCUGGACGAGGAGGAGGACGACGACGACUUGGCGACGGCCGGCAGCUUGGACUACAGGUUUGGCCAUCCAGACAGUGAGGAGGAUUACUAUUUCGGCGGCGAGGAGGAGGAGGAGGUGUUGGUGGACGGACAUGGAAUCCUGGAGCUGGCCGGGCGACUGUUCGACAGUCUGCAGAGCUGCGUGCAGCCAUCUGUGCUGCAGGUCAUGCAAUAUGUGGCGCCCAUGCUGCUCCUCUGUCUGCUGUGCCGCGUCCUCUGCCUCCUCUACUCGCAGCGCAGACGCCUCACCAGCCUGGCACCGCUGCACUUGCUCCACUUCGCCUGCGGCUUGAUUAUUCUGCAACUCACUGUGGGCUACCGUCUGCUCCUCCUGCUACUGCUGGCCGCCGUGGGCUACCUGCUGCUCCAGCUGUUGCGUCUGGGUCGAAGAGGAGCUCAAGUGCUGGCUGUACUAACCGUGGGCAGCCAGUUCCUGUACGAACUGCUCAUUUGGCGGCAGCGCAGUGACUGGCCGCAACUGCGCGGCAUCCAGAUGGUGGUCAAUAUGAAGCUCAUCUCGCUGGGAUUCGAUCUGACCGCCAGUGGGCAGCUGCACGCCAGGAUACCGGGUCCGUUUGCCUAUCUGGGCUACAUAUACAGCCCGGCCACCUGCGCCUUGGGGCCCUGGGUGAGCUUUGGCUGCUACAUGGACUGCCUGGUGCCCAGGAACAGCUGGAUGGUCAGCCUGCGUCGUCUCUUGCCCAACGUCGUGUUCUGCAUGCUGGCCGUGACCGUGUCCAAUUGCGUGGCUCCGGCGAUGAGUGACUUCUUCGGGGACAGGUCGCACUUCCUGGUCAUGUACUGGGAUGCACUGAGUGUGCGCACCAGCCACUACUUUGUGGGCAUCAUGGCGCAGGCGCUGCUGGUGGCCUCCGAUCAGCGACUGGACGGCACCACCAAGGAGUCGGAAAUGCUCGGUCCGCUGAUCUCGCAGCCCUGGCUCAUCGAAUGGCCGCGCUCGAUCAGCUCGCUGGUCAGGAGCUGGAACAUUCCCAUGCACGAGUGGCUCAAGCGGUACAUCUACGCGCCCUGCAAGCCGACCUCGUCCAGCUCGCGGGGACGCACCCUGCUGGCCGUGCUCAGCACCUAUCUGGUGUCCAGCCUGCUGCACGGCAUGGAUCUGCGCAUCUACCUGGUGCUCAUCUCGCUGGCCCUGCUAGCCGAGGGUGAAUCGCUGCUCAGGCGGCAGCUCGCCAGCCUUCUGAAUGCCUGCAUCGCUGCCAAUCUCUGUCCGGGCAAGGAGCGAUGUCGGUAUAGCCACUGUCCCAGCAAGCGGCGAUCGAGCUCCGUCUCCUACUGGCUGGUGAGGCUCGCCAAUCUGGCAUUCACGGCGCUGGCCAUCUUCCACCUGGCCUAUCUGGGCGUCGUGCUGCUGGGCGAUGGCCUGGAGGUCGGCGAGGACAGCGAUUCCUUCUUGUGGCACUGGCAACAGGCUGGCUAUCUCAGCCACUACAUCGGCUUGGGCACCUUCGUCCUUUACCUGUUCAUCUCGUAGACGCAGACGCAGGAUCCAAACGGCCAAUACUCGCUAUGACUGAUCUACACGUAUUUAUAAUUGUAAUCGCAAUCGAAUCCAUUUGUACUUUUUGUAUCUAUCUAUAUUCGUAUCUUGUAGUCUGUGUGCUGUGUGAGUACUUAAUAUUAAAACAUUCUGUGAAACGGAUGCUGUGAGAUGCUUCAAUUUGGGCUCCAGAUGAGGCAUGCUACUAUGUUGUAUUGGGAUGUGGCUUCUUAUCAACGAUAAGACUGCUGGUAUUGGCUUCUGAAAAUC